GGGACGACGAUUUCUGUGGCACGCCAUCGUGAGAACUGCUCCACACCUACUUGAUUUCAAUUGCGCAUAAUUAACCACGAUUCCCCGGGGGUGGAAAUCCUGGGCAGUGCCAGCCGCUGAUCGCUGUUGACCGUGAAGCGAGAUUUUGGAGCACAACCUGCGACGUGUAAAGCAACCUACUUACUGGCAGUGCUAUUCAAGCGUCGAUUACGUAGCUUACUAACAUGCGAUAAAAGUUGCUCCUCCAUCCAACCAUGGUUGUUCGCAGUUUGCCAGCUGCUUCGUCAUGAUUAGCAUGAUGAACUAGCGAGGAAGCGCCGGGUGGACGGGUACGGACACAGCGUAGCUCAUCAGCAAGCCCUCGGUAAAUAAUGAAUUUCUGAGGGCCACAGCGGACUUUAUCGUCUCUUUAUCGAGCGCGCCCGUUCCGGCACCUCGAGCCAGCACUCGAGGGAAGCCGCGACAACUACCGACCUCACACAGAGGGGGGACGCUUUAACGGCGGUCAACGAGGGGGCUGAAACACGGUGCCUGGCACAAUGACGUUUUCUCAUCGCUACUGCUGCUACCAACGCCACCACUGAGAACCAACCUGAACAAACAAACAAACGCUCAACGAACGCGCCCUGCCGAGUCACCGAGGGAAGAUAUUGACGGGCACACUGCGUGACAGCAUGUGACAACAGUCAAACAAUGCACUGCUUUGUGCGAAUCGAAUCGCGAUCGAGCAACGUGCCCAGUAUUAUGACAAUCGAAGACGGCACCAGAGACAAGCGGACAGUAAAGCAGUAAAGUGGCCGAAUCGAGCGUGUCCUUACACCGAGCUCACCGUACGCUGCGCCGUAUGGUUAGUUGGACGGGUGCAGGCGUGUAUUUGUGUGUGCCGAUCGGGUGAAGAUGACAUUUGCCCAUGGAGUAGCAACGAUGACAAUAGCAGUGGCAUUUCGGAAAGUAUCCACCAGACAGCGGCAUCAAACAUUUGGCGAAAAAAAGGCCACCGUCAGUCAGUGCCGGUGUGCCUGUGGUUGAGUGAGAAUCCCUGCAACGGGAAGUGUAAUUUUGUUACAAAUAUUUGAAGAGUAUAACCGAGCAGAGUUUGUGUGAGUGGGUGUUGCAAAUAAUUCUCAGUGCUGAGUGAGUUUCGAUUUCUUUAUCGCGUGCAUCGAUGCUCAGCCCCAAAAUGCAACGUUCCGUGCGUGUAAACGAGAACCAGCUGAUUAUGCUGUCCGAUCGGGCACAGUAUGAUCACUCGAUGCACGGACAUCUACACAAACGCACAUCCGAUAAUAACAAAUGGCAGAUGCGUUGGUUUGUGCUCUACCAGAACUUACUCUUCUACUACGAAUCCGAACAAGCGUCGCGGCCCUCCGGACUAAUCUUUCUGGAGGGCUGCUACUGUGAGCGGCUUGUUUCAGCCCCCUCGAUAUCAGGACCCCCCAUAUCAACCAGCACCGGUCAGGCGCCGAAAAUUAUUAAGGAAGAAAAAUUACAGCACUGCUUCACUAUUUGCUACCGACGAGAAAACCAAAGACAGUACGAACUACGUGCGGCCACGGAAUCAGAAUGCUCAGCCUGGAUCAUUGCCAUACGCGAGGCAAGCUUCAACAAACUGCUGCUCCAGAAGGAGGAACUCGAGCAGAAGCAUGUCCAUCUGUUGCAAGUGGUCGAAAGCGAGAAAACGGCCAAAUGGCAGUACACUCAGCAGUGCGAGGAACUCGCCUCGGAAAUACGAAAGCUACGGGCCGAGAUUUGUGUGCUCAGAAAAGAGACCCGCUCGAGCUACUCGGCCACACCCGUCGGACGGGGUAGCUUCAGUGUGCCGGGCGACUCACAGGACGAUCACGGUUCGCUCCCAGGACUGUGCGCCUCGGUGCAGGAUUCCAUCGAGCUGCGUAAGAUCAAGAAGGUGCAGAGCUUUUUCCGCGGAUGGCUAUGCAGACGGCGCUGGAAGCAAAUCGUGGAGGAGUACAUCCGCUCGCCGCACGCGGAAAGUAUGCGCAAGCGGAACCAUCUCGUGUUCAGCAUGGUCGAGGCGGAGGAGGAAUAUCUCGAGCAGCUGGAAGUGCUAGUUGCCUGCUUUCUGCGCCCGUUCAAGAUGGCCGCCAGCUCGAAGAGGCCACCGUGUUCGCACGAGGACGUCAACUCGAUAUUUCUCAACUCCGAGACGGUUCUGUUCCUGCACCAGAUCUUCCUGAAGGGAUUGACCUCACGACUGGAGUCCUGGCCGACGCUAGUGCUUGGCGAUCUGUUCGACAUGCUGCUGCCCAUGCUGAGCAUCUACCAGGAGUAUGUGCGCAAUCACCAUUACAGUCUACAGGUGCUGACCGAGUGCAAGAGCAACACCAACUUUGCGACCGUGCUGAAGCGCCUGGAAGCGAAGCCGGCCUGCCAGGGCCGCAGCCUCGAAACGUUUCUCACCUACCCGAUGCAUCAGAUACCGCGCUACAUCAUCACCCUGCACGAGCUGCUGGCACACACCCCGCACGAUCAUGUCGAGCGAAAGAGCCUACAAAAUGCGCGCCAGCAGCUCGAAGAUCUAUCGCGCCAGAUGCACGACGAGGUGUCGGAAACGGAAAAUCUGCGCAAAAAUCUUGCCGUCGAGCGGAUGAUUGUCGAAGGUUGCGAUAUCUUACUCGACGUCAAUCAGGUCUUUGUGAGGCAAGGAAGCUUGGUGCAAGUGCCACCUGGUCGAGGACGAAUACGCAGCCGCCUAGCGUCGUUCAAAAGCGAACGUGAUGCCGUACGACAAUGUUUCCUUUUCUCGAACCACAUGAUUAUAGCAACAAGAACUUCGGGAGGCCGUUUACAUCUGUUGCCGGAUGUGGGAAAAAUUCCGCUAGCCGAUGCAACUCUCGUCGAAGAUCCGAGCGAAGUUCAGCACGAUGAUGAGGAUGCAUCCGUUUGUUCCGCAUCGACCCGCGGCAGUACGCUGAGCGUUACUGAGUCGGUCAAUGCAGGCAAUAGGGACUUUAAGAUAUUUGUUGAAUCGAAAUCCGGUGCCCGUCACGGAAUUCAUCUUGUAGCACCUACAAUUCAAGACAAGGAAGCAUGGAUAAGCGAUAUCUCCCAGUGUUUGGAUAACAUUCAUAUGCACUCGUUGCUUUCGCCGGGAAUCGGAGGAUCCUCGGGAGCAUCUCUUCUUGCAGGCCAUCAAGCGCUACGUGCCGAUCCUCGGCUAUUUAAGGAUGACGUCGAUAUACGUUUCUCGAGAACAUUGAACUCGUGCAAACUACCACAGGUGCGCUACGCAACGCCGGAGCGCUUGCUGCAACGUCUUACAGAUCUACGGUUCCUGUCAAUAGACUUUUUGAACACGUUCCUGCUAACGUACCGGGUGUUUACCGACGGUGAAACGGUGCUGAAUGCAUUGAAAAGCGUUUUCUAUGAUCCACCCGUGGAACCAUCGUGCGAUUGCGAGCAUCAGACGGAUUUCCUUGAGCUACCGUAUCAAGACGGGCGUGCUUCUCCACGCCGCACAUCCGGAGCAAGCUCCGUCUCAGGUUAUUGCUCGGAAGGAGCGGACCGAGAUCGUUCAAUGAGCGGUGACUCAACAGGUCUACGCUUCCGAGGCUCUCGCAGGGGUUAUCAAAGUCAUCAGAACUCGGAGCAGGAAACACUGUCCUGGAUUCCGGAGCAGGUGGGCCCAGUAAUAAUCCACAGCACGCAUCAUCUGAACGAGAAGGUCGUGGAGGAAAAGCCAAUCGAACCGACGGGUGGAACGGCACAUUUGCAGAGUAAAUCUCAGCACCAGCUUCACCAGCAGCCACAGGACGACUCGUACCUGGUCAUACCGAAAACGAUGCCGGGCUCGAGUAGCUCCGAUACUUUAACAGAAACGGCCAUGAGUGGUCCUUCCUCCCCGUCCAAUCUGAGCAGCGUCACACUGGUAGGAUCAACCGGUUCCGGAGGACAGGAUAAAUCAGACGACACACCAACAGAGGGAGCGUUCAAGUACGGCAAAGCACCCACCAGCCCAUUGCCCGAGCGUGUUAAUCCUAAGGCACACAAAAUCUCUACCCAUCACACCACCGCCACCACCGCCGCCACUUCCACACCCCCUACGCCCACCAUCUGCACAACGGACACAAGCCAAACGGAGGACGGGCCCGGUCAGACAUCAAGAACACCGGACAAACAACAGCCAGCUUCGCAGGAUCAGCAGCAGCAGCAGCAUCAUUCGCCACAACAUCAGCAGCAACAAAUUAAAACACCUCCAACACCCCCGACCGUAACCACCACUCCCUGCUACAGCCCCUCCAACGGACACCCGUCGAACGGCGCUUCCCCAAUGCACCAGCAGUUACAGCAGCAGCAAUCACUUCCGCUCAAAGUGGAACAAGCCACCAUCGUGCAGGGCCGGCUCGAGAUUGGAGGUCCGAAAAUCGUAACUCAACCUUAUCUGACGACCACGACUACAACGACGGUUACGAUAACGACGACGACAACGGCCACGUCCACAAAAAGCAUUUCGCCGCCUCAUCUGCUGCCGAUGGACCGUCGGCCGAGCGUCGGCCACAACAUUGCCAUCCCGCAUGCGGCCCUCUGUCAACAUCGACACAGCCUGCAGCUGAACGGGGACGGCAGUCUGUUCAACAAGAGUGAAAAGACCAGCAGCAGUCCACGAUUGACGACGAGGAAGUUUUCCGCUCCGAAGACACCGGAACGACAGCGCAAGAGUCUGUUUGGAACGCCCCAGCGGGAUCGAGAUUCUUCCAGCACGCGCCGAUUUUCUGAAAGCGACGACGACAUGGCCACGUCGAUCUUCACCACACCACGCGGAUCGCUUGGUGGUGUAUCGCUGAACACCAUUUCGUCCCGAGCUUCCAUGCAGCACGAUCAUGUUCCUCACUGCUCCAGCAAAGUAGGCGUAGUAAUCACUUCCUACCGCCAGUCGCAACGCAGCAUGGGACCGGACCCGCUGUGGAGUAGCACAUCGACGGCAGCGGCGGCAUUCGCGAUCGCUACCUCAGCUUCCAGCAAUCCCCGGGACGAGCCCCCCGAGGUGGAAGCUAGGAACCGAAAGGAAUCCGUCGUCAGCUCGCCGGCCACGAUGCGAGUGCUGAACGUGCUGCGACACUGGGUGUCGAAGCACUUCCAGGACUUUGAGCAGGAUGCAGCUCUGCGCAGUCAGACGAUAGCCUUCCUGGACGACAUCACCUGCAGUCCGAACCUAUUGCCCACUGAGCACCGAGCUGCAUCGCAACUGCUGCGGCUACUCUGCCGCGACGACAUCGACAGCGGGAAGCAACAGCUCGAGAUACUGCUUACGCCACCACAGACGCCGAGCAAGGAGAGCAUCGAGACACUGUCGGCGCUGGAGAUUGCGGAACAGAUGACCUACCUGGAUCACCAGAUAUUCUUGGCCAUUCGUAGCGAGGAGUUCCUUGGUCAGGCCUGGAUGAAGUCGGACAAAAAAUCGCGUGCAGAACAUAUCAUUCUUAUGACGAAACGUUUCAACGACGGCUCACGGUUAGUUUGCUCGGAAAUCGUGACAAGGAGCAAUAUGGCGGCGCGGGUAGCGGCCAUUGAGAAGUGGACAGCCGUGGCGGACAUUUGUCGCUGUUUGCACAACUUCAACGGGGUGCUGCAAAUCUGUGCCGCCUUCACGAAUGCGGCAGUGUACCGACUGAAGAAGACCUGGGACAAAGUACCUAGAACAAUCAAAUCGACAAUCACUAAACUGCAGGCCGUGGUGUGCUCGGAUGGAAGGUUUCGUGUGAUGCGCGAAGCCCUGCACCGGUGCGAUCCGCCCUGCAUCCCGUACCUGGGCAUGUAUCUGACCGACCUGUCCUUCAUCGAGGAGGGCACGCCGGACUUUACACCGGAUGGAUUGCUGAACUUUUCCAAAAUGCGUAUGAUUGCCCACGUAAUACGUGAGAUACGCCACUUCCAACAGACGCCGUACAAAAUUGAUCACAUACCGAAAGUUACAUCCUACCUCCUGGAUACAUCGUUGCUGCUGGACGACGACGAAUUGUACCACAAAUCAUUGCAGAUCGAACCGAGAAGCUCGCGGCUCAGUGCACCGAAUACGGCCAACGUUUAAUCCUGCCAGGGCCUUCGACGAGCCGGCUGGCGUUCCCACACCCGUCCCAGGCGGUGCCCGGGGGGAGGCGAAUGUGCUGCACCGGUCGACCCCGAGUGUGGCGCAUUUUCCAUCCCGCUUCCAUCACCGUUAACUUCGCUCAAUUUAUGCACUCAUUUUCCUGCCUGGCCAUUUGGGCCGAUUCUUAUGAACGAACGUGUUGUUGCAGCCUCUGACGGAUGAGCAGUAGACGCAGUGCAUGCAGUUUGGUGGCUUUGGAAUAAUUUCACCCGUCCAGUGUGAACCCGUGGUGGAUGCUUGGAGUCGUCCUUACUGUACGUCUGGGAAGCAACGCCACGGUAACAUGCGGUGCUUUCGGGAUAAGAUCGGGCCAUGAAUACACGCGCUUCGGAAAGGUAUCGUAAUUUCAAUCCGCAUUUUACUACGCUUAGGAAGGAAGAGGAGAAGAUCCCUAGGAGUGGUGUGGUGUGAUGCGGUUCGAAACCAAAUCGAACCCGAAGUCAUGCAUCAUCCGAACGGUGGAAGCAUCAGCAGCAAAUGCAAAUAUCAAGUUAAUAUACACAGAGCAGAGCUUUUGUCUUAUGAGAUUGAUCGUGUGGGAGAAGGAGUAGCAGGGGGAGAAGAACGGGAGCUGUAAGUAACAAAACUUUCAAACGGAAUCGAAGUACAAGAUUUGGGUUUUGGGGGGCAGACACGAGGUCGCUUGUUGUGGCCCAACAACGACGAUAAUGAGAUGAUGCCCUUGUGUUACACGUGGGGUGUGAGUACUUAUAUUUAUUGCGGAAUUGACAAAUCGACAAAAAACCCCUCUAGAACGAAGAAAAGCUUAGCAACAAACAUAUGAUUAGGUCCACUUUCCCGGACUUUUCCUAGAUAAUACAGUAGCAACAUAACAAACUAUGACAGUUAUGAACAACGCGUCCAGCAAUUCCCUGCUGUCCGCUAGCUGCAGUUCUACAAUUCUUGUGUAUUAAUAAAUCCGAUUUAACAUGGCGCAAUGAAUACAAACGAUUUCAACUCCCUCUGCCUUCACAUUCAGCGGCCCUUUUUACCGAUCUCUUGUUGCAACUUGUAGACGAGUGUCUUUGGAAGACGCGAAAGCCUGUGCAUCAUCAAUAUGAGCGCGCAUUUUUCCCAUUUUGAAGCUAGAAAACGCAUAAAUAUGUAACAAGAAAAAACAAACUAAUUUAACGUGAAGUCAGAACAAAUCGUAAUAUAUAUAUAUAGGAAAAGAAUAAAAUGAGUGUAAGACAAACACGCACACAACACCGUUCUAGGAGGCAGGGUUGCCACCGAGUAUCUUCCUGGCUAGACCAGAUUUAACAAACCUGACGUGGAAAGUAGCCUAGGAGAUAUCUUGUAGGCUCCUGUGGCUUUGGAAUUACCUUGCUUCGAUUGGCAGAGGACAGCGCUUUAAAAGACUUUUUCUAUGCAUCGUCCACAAUAGUUAAAAGUUCAACUAUCGGAUAGUUCCAGAGACUUUUUGGUGGAUAUCGGUAGCUCAGAGAUGAACAAUCUUUCCUUGCAAUUGUAGGAAUUCAAGGUUCCGGGUGAAACGAUUACCAAGUAGGGACAGCGUGCCCAGCAUAACCACUAUUAGGAUGCUCUGAGUGAGUUUACGGACGGAUUUCCUUUGGACAGAGGAAUUUCGCAUGGUGAAGAACUUGUAAGGCAAUCCUGUCCCCAGGACACACACAUAAAGACACAAUCACACACAGACACAAACUCACGGAGAAGAAGAAAUUUAACAUUAAAAUAUUAGCAUUUAUUCCGGUUAUGCUGGUCAUAACUUUUGUGCGUGUAUCGAUUAAACGGAAGUUGCGGAAUCGUAGCCAAAGAGAGUGGUCUGAGUGGUAGUAGUGGAUGUGUAUAGUCGUUGUGUGUGUCUCCCGCCACCCCAUACAUCGACCCUUGAAGCCCGUAAAAUUAAGAACAAAAGAAGGAAAAAAAACCAACCUGUCCUUCACCCUCCAUCCCUGGCCCCACCUUCACCCAGUCCAAUUCCCCAUGAUGAUCUGUGUGGAUGAAUGUAGGCGUGGAAGAGACUCCACCGGUGGUGGUUGGGAGUACGAAGAUUGAUGAAACUAUUCGGCGGCAGGAACGGGGAUUCUAUAGCGAGCUUUAGGCACCAUUUGUUGGAAGGUUUAUGCGCCCCGGUGUGUUCAGGGGAGAGGAAGCAGUUGGUGGAAGAGAUUCUUUAUUCAAUCACUAAUUAAAAUCAAUGUUACAUAUCUCCUGCCUCGUUCCCGCGGAGUUAGCGAAGGUCGGGCGGGUUGUGCGUCGGCAGAACGAUAGCUUGCCCAGAGCGGCAUAGUUCAGAACCUGCCCUUAUCAGAUCAGAAAGCCUCCCAGCAGUAACCGCCGUCGCCGUCUCAUCAGACGGGUGAAAGUCUCAUCAGACGGGGUCCAGGGUGAAAGUUCUGAUAAACUAUGCCCAAAUUAACCAAUCGCCAAUCGGGCUUGUUUGCCCAGCGGCGUGCGGAGAACCAAGGCCCUCUACUAAAUUAAUUUGCCUAAUGGAGUAGUAAUCAAGAGAUGGGGCAAAGGCUCCAUAAGAGCCCCCAAGCUACUAGCGCCAACGAUCGAUCGAUCGGAUUUGUGGGUCGGCUACCGUUUUGCUGCGGAUUGAAGAUUUGUUUGACGCGACCGCGCCUGCUCUUUAACAAACUCCCACCGGGGAAAUCAAAUUGUGAUGUAUCUAUUGCGAAGCGGUCAGUGGAGUGUGUGUGUGUGGGGAGUAGCGAAUUCCGGCGGUCCCGAAAAACCAACUCCUUAUCCGGAGAUGGGAGUUUGGGGCAAGCUGGAGAAAGCCUGCCGGCGGAUAGCAGAGCAGAAGAUGGGCCAGGACCGCUUCGCACACACAUUGUUUCGUCCCUAGACGUUGCCUCUCCACCUUGACUGAUGAUGGUUACUAGUUAAUCUUACGUAUUUAUAGCAGCACUAUGCAUUCUCAUUCAACUUUCCUAUUUGUAAAACCGGGCCGCGACCGACGACGUUUCUUGACGCUCUUUAUAAUCAAGACACGUUGCUGACACGACAGGGGACGUAGAAUGGUCAGGUCUCUAGUUAAGCUAACUGUUACUGUCCCGGUCUCUAUUCGUUGGAUCCUGCCGGAAAACCUUGUGGUUGUGGACGGGGACAAGAUGGCGGAUGUGGAGUGUGAAGCAAAUAAGAAAAAGCAAAACAAAACAAACCCCUCAACAGACAGGCGUGUUUAUAUCGGUACCGAAAAUUGAAUCCUAUGCAAAUACAAUCGUUCAUACAUAUAUUUGGAGUAUAUAUCAAGAAAGUUUAAUAAUGUUUAAUAGCUAUUAAGAUAAGCGCUAACCCGCAACCUCCACCACUGUGGCGUCAAUCUCCUUCUGCUCCAAAAUGCGUGUCAAGGAUCCUGUGCGUUGGUGCGUUUAUUAGGUGUGGAUGUACCGUGUAUGGAUGUGUAUGGAUGUGUAUGAUGCGUGUGUUGGAUGGUUGCGUACGUUUGUGUGUGCGAUCGGGAAGCGAGAAGGACUUCUACAUCAAACUGCUGAUCAAACCAAGCGCAAAUGCUGAGCAGGCAUAUCGUAAGUUCUUGGAUUCCCAAAUUUAGUUCCUCAACAUUUGUUCAAAACUUAUUUCAAGGAGGAUUUAGUCCAUAAUGACGAGGUUCGUAGUUUUCGCGUAUUAUGGAUCAGUUUGUAGACUUGCAGGCAGCUUCAGAAAGAUUCACAGUUCCACAGAUUUCUAUUAUUCAAAUUACGCUUUUUUACACAAUCAGCAAAGAAGCCUGAGAGGAUACUAAAGCUAGGUAGCGUUAGCAGGCGCCCCGUUGCCAGGGUGACCGGAAGCGGAUGUAAGCGAAUGACACAAUCCUGUACUAACUAUCAGCUGAGCAACGUAGGCGAUGGAGAUGUGUGAAGCUCAAAAUACCGACGCACAUCCAGAGAGUAGUGGAACCCUUUAAUGGAAAGGUGAAAAUAAAUCCUGUCCGAAGUGGAAUUAUUUGUGCAGUGUGUAGAGGUGCGAAGAAAAUAGGAAAAGAGUCCGUGAGCAGAAAAAAAA